AUCUCACAGAAGAAGAAUUAGAGAGAGUGAACCAGCUGAUACCUCUCCUCUGCCAUGAAAACCACUUACUAGAAGCCAUCAAGCUCGUCGAAGCUUGUUUCAUGGCGAAUUCUUCAAUCGAGUCUCUUUCCACCAUCCAAUCGCUGGUUCAGCGGCUCUGUGAAGAACCCAACUUGGCCCAAACCAUGGCUCUCAUCACCAAGCUCAAGCACAUAAGGUGUCUCAAGAAAGAUGACUUUCUAUCUCUUAACAAACUCCUAAUUGUUGAGUAUUUUGGAAGACGGAGGUUCAAGGAGGGCAUGAAGCUCUUUGGGAGGCUUUGUGGGGAGGAUUCAAAAUGGGCUCCUGAUUAUUCUUUGUGUGAAGAGGUUAUCAAGGGGUGUUAUAGGUGGCCAAUGGGUUUUGAGGCCUUGAGAGUUGUUCGAUUUAUGGUGGGUAAUUCAGCUAUUCCUGGUCCAGAUUCAUGGGGUCUGGUUUUGAGGUGCCUGUUGAGAGAGGCUAGAGUGAGAGAGGCCCAAGAAUUGAAUGAAGCUUUUGUUGGCUGUGUUCACAAAGAGGGUGGAACUUUGGUUAAUGGGUUGGAGAAGCUAGCUAAAGUUAUUGAUAGGGUAUUGAAUGACUGGGAAAACUGAAGCUUCUGCAUAUAGAUUGGAUUUCCUCAUCUGGGUGAAGAGAAGGAGUGGGUGGAUGUGAUUAGAGCAGAUUUCAAGGCACCGAGGCUCAAGAAUCUCUGUCCAGCUCUUUGGUACGAUGAGGUUUCAUCCUGCAUAGUUGGGAAGAGCAUGUCACAUACGAGAGGUGAGGUAAAGAGGUUCCAGGCAACCGAGUUAGUGCAUAUGAAAUAUAGUGAAAGACAGAAAAUAAUCUACUCGAAGUAUUUCCCAUAAAGGUUGGUUUCAUCUGGUUGGUUUUUCCAUUUGACUUUUCUCUUCAUGUUUAUAGCAGUUUCCUAUGUCAAAUUUCUCUCGAAAUUUUGAAUUUCUCCAGGCUCAAGGAAUUGCCAUGUCAAUGUUAUAUGACCAUGGUGGAUAGCUCUUUGACUAGUAAGGCACUUUAAACUCUGUUAGGGUUACAUGGUUGUGUCUGUCAUCGUGGCUAUUUUGUCUUCUUUAUCUAUAACAGGUAGAAGCCUCAAUUGCUUCAGUUUUUUGUGUUAGGUGCUUUAAACUCUGUUAGGGCUACAUGGUUGUGUAUGUGAUCAUGGCUAUUUUGUCUUCUUCAUCUAUAACAUGUAGAAGGCCUCAAUUGCUUGAUU